ACUCAGCAGUGGAGGAUGUCAGCAGAGGCCGAGCUACAGCCGGGUGUCAAAACCAGCCAGCGAAAGGAGUCUAGGAGGAUCAAAGGUCAGGACCGCAGUGAGGCGGGGCUUAUUAAGCGUUUCCGUGGAGAUGGCGUGCGGUACAAGGCCAAGCUGAUCGGGAUAGAUGAGGUGACAGCGGCUCGCGGGGACAAGCUGUGCCAGGACUCCAUGAUGAAGCUGAAGGGAAUGGCCUCUUCGGCACGAUCCAAAGGGGAGCACAAGCAGAGAGUCUUCUUGACGGUCUCUUUCGGCGGGAUCAAGAUUUACUGUGAAAGAUCAGGGGUGCUCCUGCAUCACCACUCAGUCCACGAGAUCAGCUACAUUGCCAAGGACACCAGGGACCACCGAGCCUUUGGCUAUGUCUGCGGGAAGGAGGGCCACCACAGGUUUGUGGCCAUCAAAACUGCGCAGUCGGCAGAGCCUCUCAUCAUUGACCUGCGUGACCUCUUCACGCUCAUCUACGACAUUAAACAGCGAGAGGAGAUGGAGAAGAAGGCUCAGAAGGACAAACAGUGUGAGCAGGCGGUUUACCAGACCAUCCUGGAGGAUGAAGUGGACGAUCCAGUUUACCAGUACAUAGUGUUUGAGGCUGGACACGAACCCCUCCGUGGCCCCCAGUCAGAGGAGAGCGUUUAUCAGGUCCCAACCAGUCAGCAGAAGGAAGGGAUCUAUGAUGUCCCAAAACGCCAUUUCAUGACUAAUAUCAACCACUUUGAUCUUUUCGGUGACAUGUCCACUCCUCCCUCGAUGCCUCCAUCACCUGCCAACACACUGGACCCAAGCAGGAGCAGCCGCCAGCAGCAACACACUCCUGCUGAGAUGUACGCCCCGUUUAGCCCCACCUCCGUGCCAUCAGGUUAUAUGACCAUGGGCCCGGUGCAGGCGGCCCAGUGGGCACAGCAGCCAUUUCCUGCCCAGGGUCAGACUCUGGCCUUCCCCGUGCAGGGGCCCCUCCAGGUGGCUCAAGUCCUCCCCGGUGGUCAGCCGGUCAUUUGGAGCCAGGCCAACAUUUUCCCAGCCACUCAGCAGCAGUGGGCAGCCAUGGCAGCCUACAUGCCGGCCCAGACCGUGGGCGUAGGGGGCCAUGCCAUCCCAGCUGCCAUGCUCCAAGGCCUGGUUCCCAUUACCACCAUGUGCCCCCAAGCCUGCGACCUAUCAGCCCCGUCCUCAGCCAUCACCAGCCCCCAGCAUACAGCUGACCCCACCCUGCUUCAGAGGCAGCUGAGCCUGGGUAAAGAGGGCCUCUGCGUGGACUCAGACGCGGGCGAGGGCCCCUCUACAUCAGGAGCCGGAGCAGCGGGUGUGGGAUCUGGCAUUGCGUCAGCAGCGGUGAGCAGGUGUGAGACCCCAGGUCUCAUGGAAACACUGGUUUGCAGUCAGCUGCUGCCACCUUCAUCUGCUACAACCCAGGAAGAGGAAGGGAGCUGUAGCGACCUUGACCUCUCCAGAAUGACCUUGAGCCCAGGUACAUCCACUUCACCGUCAACUGAGUCACCAUCCACUCCAGCACCUCAGCAGAGCUGUUCCUCUGACUGCCCCCCAUCCCAGGCCAGUGACCCCCCUACUGAUCACUCUCCUGUAGACCCAGAGGGCAACCCCAGCAGCGCCAAGGAGGAACAAUCGGACCCUGUUGUUGCAAGGUCGGACUCCCCAGUGCCCAGUGGAGCUGCUGAUCCUAUGCAGGAUCAGACCUGUCCACAGGAAGAUAGCUAG